UUUCGUUUUGCCCUCAUGUUCCCGUCUCUGCAUUCGAAUCAUCUAGCCCAUCUGAGGACGUAGGGUCUUUGGACUACGUCUAAGCUCAUCUCAAACGGCCUGCUGCUCCCCCCUGUGUCCAGAUCGACGUUAUGGAGAAAAUUCACCUAUCACUGGCUGUGGCUUUCUAUGCAGUCGGCGUCCUGUUACCUGCGAUCUGGUGCCUACCGAUGAAAUUGGGUCGUGGCGGACGGAAUCCGGGUGUCUCUUGUCGACGCCGGCUCCCUUCUGCUUCGGCAGUCAGGAGUACGAUCGCACACCCCCUCCGGCCUGCCGUCGGCUUAAGACAAACGAGCAAACCAGCCAAUGAGACAAUCUGCAAACUGUGAUCACAGGAUGGCCAACUGCGACACACUGCCAUUUACGAUAUCGGAAACUUGUGACUUGGGUCGGCGCGGACGAGACCUGGAUCCCCGUCUACCGCAACGGCACCACGCUCUCACCGAGUGUGGAGCACGUGCGGUGAUCCAGCUUGUACUGCCGUCGGCCCGACGAUCGUCCCAAAAAGACAGAAACCGUUGUCCUAAAAGACUUCGAGAAACUCGAUCCUUCGAGAUUACUGCGUCCUUCGGGACUGAUUACUUGGUCCUUCGAGACUUAUGGCCUUCACCGGACUACAACCCAGAUAUGACGGACUCGUUGUGGACUCGGACGAGCGCAGGACCCUUGCAUGCCGUGGCGGCUUUGUUCUGCUCGAUUGCAAGCAGAGUGCGCCGGUGGUCUGUUCGGACUGAUGCCACCUCAGGACCGCCCCAAUCUUCAGCGUUCAUCGCAUCGUGCAUCGUGCAUCGUUCAUCAUUCAUCGUUCAUCGUUCAACGCAUCGCGCAUCAUUCAAUCGUGCAUCGUCAUGAAACAUAAUCACAAAGCAAACUGGGUCAGCACGGCUUUUCUCGGUCUUCACAAGUCGCUGUCGGGUCCGCCUCGCUUUGGCGACGAGGACUACGAGCGCAGACCCUGUCUGACUGCUGUCGGCUCGCAAAGCAAAGGCUCAUCUCAAAGUAACCCCUAUAUGGGCUGUUCUACAUGAUCACAAUGUGACACACAAAGUCCUAUCUGGAUUAUGGUCGAUGGCCUCACCAGCUUCGAUCCAGACUUUUUGGCGAGUGGUUCUCGUCACCGGGGCCGGAAUGUUCGCAUUCUGUGCUCAAACUCGACCGACCUCCUGAGACACUUCGGUGUCUCGCUGCGGGAGAUCGGCGAGUGAAUUUUUGGGCUUUUUCGUUCUCUUCGUGAGAACUCGGCGACACAUUCUUACGUCAAGGUUUUGUCUUCCGUAUUGCGUACAUAUGUGUUUUAGCAAAUGUCAAGGUUCA